AUGUCAUCCUAUAGACUGCAUUACUUUAACGGCCGUGGACGAGCUGAAGUAUCUCGUUUAAUAUUCGCAGCUGUUGGUCAAAAAUUUGAAGAUAUACGUUAUGAACAAAAUGAAUGGCCAACACAUCAAGCUCGAAUGCCUUUAGGUGAAAUGCCUGUUCUUGAAUAUGAAGGAUUUAAAAUACCCCAAUCGUUAACUAUUGCACGUUUUCUUGCCAAACAAUUUCAAUUAGCUGGUAGAGAUAAUUUUGAACAAGCAAAAGUCGAUGCUAUCAUUGAUACAAUUAGUGAGUUUGCAUUAAGCUUAGGUACAAUUUCUCGAGAAAAAGAUGAAACUAAAAAACAAGAAGGUAUGCGUAAGCUUUUCACAGAAGACAUACCGUAUCAUUUACAACAUCUCGAAUUAUUGGGCAAAUCAUAUGGCGUUGGUGGUCCCUUUUUUGUUGGUAAUCAUUUAACAUGGGCAGAUCUAUAUUUUUAUGAUGCAGCAGAAAGUCUUCUUCGAAUUAGUGGAACUGUUUUGAAUAGAUUUCCAUGGUUAAUAUCAAAUCGUCAAGAAAUUGAAAGACAACCAAAAAUCUCAGCUUAUCUCAAGAGUCGACCGCAAACACUUUUUUGA